UACAGUCAAAUAGUGCUAAAUUUAUUGCCACCGACAGAGUAGCAUAGUAUGCCUUGCCCUUUAUAUAUCCCAAGCCUAAGGUGCACAUAAUGCACUCAUCACAAAACUUGCAAUUAUUAUGAUUGAGCUGAUGGAUUAUUUACUCACUCCAAUUCUACUUUCUCUCAUCUUUGUAAUCACAUUGAAGUAUUUAUAUCCAUCAAAAACAAAAUUACCACUUCCUCCAGGUCCUUUUCCAUGGCCAAUUUUUGGUAACCUUUUCCAAGUAGGCCGAAAACGUCCUCAUGCUACACUAGCAAAGCUAGCUCAAGUUCAUGGCCCUGAUUUAAUGUCAAUAAAAUUCGGAGCACGACUCGUUGUUGUUGCUUCAUCACCUGCUGCUGCUGCCGAAGUUCUUAAAACACAUGACCGUAACCUUUCAGGCCGGUUCGUUUCACAUCCGAUACGAGUCAAGGAUUCGAGACUUCACAAUGUGUCAACAGCAUUUUUAGAAGAGUGUGAUGAAAAUUGGAAAAGCGUUCGAACCAUAUACAGGGGAGCCCUGUUUUCGACGAAAGCCCUGGAGUCUCAGGUAAGUUUAAGGGAGAUGAAAGUCGCGGAAAUGAUGCAACAUUUGGUUAACAAACAAGGCCAAGUGAUUAAAUUCAAGUUCGUGAUUUUUGUGACCGCUUUAAACGUAUUGGGUAAUUUGACUCUUUCAAUGGAUUUGAUUGACUUUGAAGGCAAAGGAAUAGGUGCAGGACUGAGGGAGUACCUACGUAAAUUUACGGAGGCGGGUGGAAUACUGGAAAUAGCAGAUUUGUAUCCUAUAUUGGGUAUUUGCAGUUCGGAUUUCCAGGGAACGUAUAAGAAACUCAUGGUUUUUUUUGAUAAUCUUUGUAAUGUUUGGGCAGGCAAUGUUCAGGACAGAAGAAAAAGAGACUGUCAACCUUCUAAGGAUAAUGUGGAUUUUGUAGAUGCUUUGAUUAAAAAUAGUUUCACUGAUAAACAUAUCAAUGCAUUGCUUGUGGAAGUAUUUGGAGCUGGAACAGAAUCUACAACUGCUACAAGUGAAUGGAUGCUUGUUGAACUCCUUAGAGAUCCACAAGCCUUAAAAAAACUCCGAGAUGAAAUUGCAGGAGUAGUAGGAGAUAAGGACAUUAUAAAGGAAUCUGACUUGCCGAAUUUACCAUACCUGGACUCUUGUUUUAAAGAGACACUAAGGUUACAUCCUCCUGGUCCGUUGUUGCUCCCUCACCGCGCUGUGCAAACCUGUGAAGUCAUGGGUUAUAGAAUUCCGAAAGACACACAAUUGUUGGUCAAUAUGUGGGCAAUUGCAAGGGAUCCUAAGAUUUGGGACGAUCCUUUGAGCUUCAAACCUGAAAGAUUUAUCAAUUCAAAAAUGGACAACAAAGGGCGAAAUUUUGAGUAUAUUCCGUUCGGUUCAGGAAGGAGAAUAUGUGCUGGAGAACCCUUGGCUUCCAGGUUUAUUCCCUUAGCUGUUGCUUCUAUGAUCCAUAAGUUUGAUUGGAUUCUACCAAAUGAGAUGGAUCCGGCUAAGAUUAACAUGGAUGAGACUCUGGAUGUCACUAUGUUUAAGACGGAUUCACUUUUUGUCAUUCCUAAAUUGAGGAAACUAGCCAAAGAGUGAGGCAAAUAAGAGGUUGAUAUAGUAAAACAUCCAUGAUCACUAUGUAUUGUGAUUGUAUCAGUGCUUGUUAAUGUUAUGUAUCUAUUGUUAUGCAUGUACUAUGUAUUAAGUUGUUUAAGCGUUAGUCCUCAGUUGAAUUAUUCUCAAAACCCCUCUGGGCCAAGCUAUCAGCGUAAAUCAUGAACUAAAUAAAUUUAAUUUUAUGUACUUUAGAUGAAAAGUUUAUAAAACAUCCCAGGUUAAACAUAAUACACUACACCCAUAUAUAUAUAUAAUUAUUUAUCA